GUUACCUCCUGGACUAUAAAUUCCUGUAUUAUCCAUAAACUUUUAUCAGAUAUAUUUUUCAUCAUUUCUCUCUAGCCUUUAAGAUAAAGGUCAGGGAUAAUAAUUUGGGAUUAAACAAAACAUCGUAAAAACACAAAUUUUACAGCACGUUACCUUCAACUAACUUUAUUUCGGCUUUUUUUCGUUAGGUAGUGUAGGUGAAUGAGGAAAACAUCCACUAAAAUCGGUUAGUGUGAAAUUUAUGGAAGUUACCCAGUAAUUCGAGUACUAGCGAGUGAAUAAUGCAUAACUAUUAUGUAUUUCUAUUGGUAUUAUGUGGUAGUCUCGGAAUCUUGGGUUCAAAACCAACCAAACAGCCCCAUAUAGUAGUAAUUAUUGGAGAUGAUAUAGGUUGGAACGAUUUUGGUUUCCACGGCUCCAAUCAGAUACCAACACCCAACAUAGACGCUCUAGGAUACAACGGAGUUUUCCUGAAUAAUUUUUACACUCAACCUACAUGCAGUCCUUCCAGAGCAGCAUUUUUAACCGGCCAAUAUCCGAUGCGAUACGGUUAUCAGGAUAUUCCAAUAAGUGCUGGAGAAGACAGACCAUUGCCACACGACAUCGAACUACUUCCUGAAAAACUCAAAAAAGUGGGAUACAAAACCCAUCUGGUGGGUAAAUGGCACUUGGGCGCCGCUAGAAAAAACGAUACGCCCACUGCAAGAGGUUUCGAUACUCAUUUUGGUUAUUGGUACGGAUUCGUUGGAUAUUUUGAUUAUUUCAAUUAUCAGGAUAUGAUGGCCGAUUGGAAUCUAAAUGUGACGUGGUCAGGACUGGAUCUCCACGAUCGUUUCGCACCCAAAUGGGAAUAUCAAGGCAGAUACGCCACUGAUUUAUUUACAGAAAAAUCUUUACAAGUUAUCGACAAUCAUAAUGCCAGCGAACCAUUAUUUCUUUAUUUGGGACAUUUGGCCGGCCAUACUGGUACUAAUGGCACUGAACUUGGUGUGCCCAAUAUCACAGAGGCUGAAGAAAAAUAUGGUUAUAUUGAAAAACCAGAAAGGCGUCUAUAUGCAGAUAUUGUUAACAGGUUGGAUGAAUCAAUAGGAAAAGUAGUCAAAAAACUAAAAGAAAAAGAUAUGUUAGAAAAUUCCAUAAUUUUAUUUUUAUCCGAUAAUGGAGCACAAACGUAUGGGAUGUAUCAAAAUUAUGGAUCAAAUUAUCCACUCAAAGGGCUAAAAUUUACCCUUUUAGAAGGCGGAGUAAGAGGAUCGGCUGUUCUAUUUAGCCCGCUUUUAGAGAAAAAAGGAUAUAUAAAUAAUCACCUUAUGCAUAUAACCGAUUUUUAUACGACUUUCCUUAAUGUUGCCGGCGUUGAAUUGGACAAAUGUAGCUCUUCUACUGAUGGAAUAAAUCAAUGGAAAAGUAUUUCUAAAAAUUUGCCAUCUCGCAGAAGCAACUUGCUAUUGAACAUUGAUGAGAUAAAUGGGUUUUCAGGACUAAUCAGCGCGAAUGGUUUUAAAUAUUUAAACGGCUCUUUCAAAAAUGGAAUAUAUGAUUCUGCGGUGGGUGACCCUGGACGAUCCGUUAAUACUCCAGAGUACAAUAUAGAAGCAGUUUUACAAAGUGAAACGAAUAAAGCUAUUCAGUCUCUCUCAAACAGUAUUUUACUCACUCAAAACAAUAUUAUGCACUUGAGAGGAAAACUUGAUAUAAGCUCGUGCAAGGGUAAAAUACGGACUCGAGACUUGCCCUGUUUAGGUGAAUGUCUUUUUGAUAUCCUGAACGAUCCCUGCGAGACAACAAAUUUAAUAAAUGAGCGACCCGUUAUAGCAAAUUUAUUAAAAAUCAAGCUCAAUCAUUAUUUCAAACAAAUCGUGCCUUCAAGGAGAAUUAAAAUAGACCUCAGUUCAAACCCUAAGUAUUGCAAUAACACAUGGUUUCCCUGGCUUGAUGAGGAUGGUUGUUAUACUGAAAAUAAUUAUGUUUAUAUUUAACUGCGGUUUUUGUAUUCUGUUAGUAUAAUACCUACACCAAAAUAAAUCGACUUGACAUAGUUGCUACUCAACUUGGCAACAUAAUUUAUUUAUAUAGAGAAAAAUUUAGUAACAAUUUUAAAUGAUUACUGAUUGAUUAGGUAUAUAAGUAAAUGCAUAGGUAAAUACUUAGGAAAUGUAUUGACAUCUAUAGGAUCCAGUUGAUUUAGGUUUUAAUAGAAAUAAUCUUGAAAUAAAUAUAGUAAAUUUGAAUAAAAAAUCACGACUCAAAACGCCGUCUUAUUGGGUAAAGCCGAUAGAUUUUUCUUUGUCUAAUUCAGAGUCGAAUUCUUAAUAAAAGACAAUGACACAACAUAGAUCGACGUAAUCUGAACGCUUACCCAACAAUGGGAUACAAACACAACAGAUGUUACGAGUUUCGAUUCGAUAAAUCCACAUUUGCUAGACAAAGAUAGAUAUAUAGAUUCACGUUUGUUGGGCUAGAAAAAUAUGGUUUUUAGAGGGAUAGGUCUGAAUGCCUCUGAAGUGGUUUGAGUCGUAUCUGAAGGGUAGAGAGCAAGUGGCGCGGAUACUGGGACCUGAUGGGAACUAUCAUCGUUUAAAAAUACAGGAUGUCACCCAUGGAGUGGAGUUUGUGAACGAUUUGGCAUUAUUAAAUAUCUCAGGAAAACUCACCCUGUUGACUAGUUAGGAGUAUAAAAUUGGUAUACAAUACAAUAGGUCUGUCUCUGCAGA